UCAGCGCCGUCAGACAUCGAUGUACAAAGUUGUUUUCUCUCUUUUUUUCCCCUUGCUCGAUAUGCGGACUGCAACCACGUUUUGUCUUCUUAUCUAAAUAUUCCCAGCAGCAACAUGUUCCUCUGGAUAAGCUUCGUUGAAAGGAAAUGCAGCUGCAUGUGUGUAUGUGCCGUUGCCUCUCCUCCGUGAGGACACAGCAGGGCAGUGCGCUCCGCUGAGCAGCGCUGAAAGAAGCAAAGCGUGGAGAAGAAGAGUUCACCAAACUUCGAACAAAAGGACUUGGGACGUUAUUUUCCCGCUUUUUGAAGGUAGGUCACCUCCACAGUGCCACUUUGGUCUGGGCUGAGUGAGAGAGCAAGAGGCACCUGCAGGGCCCCAUCAGUGGCCCAAACCCCAUUACUGCAGUAUGGGUAACUUUUCCAGCAAGGACAGCCAUGGACCCACAGGGGCCCCUGGUGAUAGCUUCCACACUCCUCCUGCUUCUCCACAGAGCGAUUGUCCUGCUUUCAUCCCUGAUGUCCCCCAACUCCUUCACCCUACCUCACCUCAGCCUUCCUCUGCAGCCCCGGCUUCCUCUCCACCUCCACCUCCAGUCCCAGUGCUCACGUCCAGCGGGAAGAAAGCACAGUCCAGCAUCAGCCCUAGUCCUUCCAGUCCCCCUCCUGAUUGGAGGCCUCAUCCACCAGUUGUUUCUAAAAGCUCCACUGUUGGCCCUGGAUAUAGCCCUCUGCACAACAAGACAGGAGUUAAUGUGGGUAAAGUACAAGCUGCUUUGGGGAGGAAUGGGGGUCCUCCUCCUCCUACCUCCACCCCUCGUCCUCUGGUCUCUCAGGGGAAGACUGUAUCCAUCAGCCUGAAAAAGAGCCCCUCUUCUCCCUGUAGUGCCUCACCUGUGGUGGGCAGCUCUUCUCGGCAGAGCUGGAGGGAAAGGGACAGUGGUCUGAGUCAGUCUUUGCUGCCCGCUCAGGAAGCAGGGGACAGCCAGGGCGAGGAGGUGGAGAAGCUGCUGGCGGAGUGUAGGACAACACUGGGUUUCACUGCUAGUCAUGAUGGGGCCACAGACACAGCAGAGAUACUGAAGCAUCUACUGACAGAAGUGAAGAGUUUGAAGAGGACUUUACAGACGGAGCGUGGGGAAUGGCUGCAGUUCCAGGCUGACCUACAGGUGGCGGUGUCAGUGGCAGACCGCUUGAGAGCUGAGGCAGAAGAAGAGCUGACCGCGCUCCGAACGGCCCACAAGGAUGUGGAGAGGGAGCUGGCCGCUUCCCAGCAGAGACAGAAGGAAGCUGAUAUGCAACUGGUCAGCCUGAGAGGGGAGUUAAAGGAGAGCAGGCAGAGACUGGCCACUCUCACCCAGGCUCCAUGUCCGGAACCGGAGAGGCCCAAUGGAGAACCGGCCAACAGCUGUGAAAGCAAAGAAGGGACCCAGAGGGGCAGGGAGAGGGGGGUGCACAGGUUGGGGCGAGAAACGAUGGAGAGUGGGGGUCAGAAUGAACCGACGAAGAAUGUUGUGAGCGAGGAGGCCAGAACAGACUGUAAGGGUGUGGCGAAGCGUUACCUGAGAAAUGUGACCAAUGAGGAGAGGAGUGGAGAGGAGGUGCGAUCCAGUGAGACGCGAAGGACCGUAACCACAGAGAGGUCAAGAAGCUUGUCCAGAUUACCUGCACCCUCAAGCUCCCCCACCAUGCAGAACGGAACCCUCCAGCCCAACACGGCCUCAACGCUUGGACCUGUAAACAAGAACUUGGCGCAACUAAGAGGCCGAAGAAGUCUGGAUUGGCAGGACAGCAAGUCGAGCACUGACACAGGAAAACGUGAGGAAUCUCUAAACAAAUACAACUCUGCCCUCACUGAGCUGCCUCCCACUAAGUCCCAGGAUGGUUUCAACCUGCUGCUGCGUCGCCACGGAGGCUCCAAGAGAAACUCGCUGCUCCGCUGGUGUCAGAGCCGAACACAAGGCUACAAGAAUAUCGACAUCACCAACUUCAGCAGCAGCUGGUCCGACGGUCUCGCCUUCUGUGCCGUCUACCACACCUACCUCCCCUCACACAUCCCGUACACCACUCUCACUCCAGAGAACAAGAGGGAGAAUCUCAGCCUGGCAUUCAAAACAGGAGAGACUGUUGGGAUUGCACAAACCCUGACGGUGGAGGAGAUGCUGAGAGCAGGAGGUCCUGACUGGCAGCGGGUCCUGAGCUACGUGGAGAGCAUCUACCGUCACUUUGAGAUGUGACGGCAGGAGGUACUGACAGACAAUCCCACCGUAGUGGACCCUUAAGGACUCUUCAAAGGAGAGAUUGUGAAGGCUUCCUGAAUCAUGUGCGCCUUUGUUGUGUGUCCGAAAACUGGAUAAACUUAGCAAAGUAAAGACAUUCAAAGCCGCAAUGUGCAACUUCAAAACAUGAGCUGAAGACUUGACGUCAAAACAUAAAAACAUAAUUUGGAAAGUUAAAUCUGCUGCUAUGGAUUGGAGUUCCUUUUGCUUGGUUUUCUGUCAUACGCUUCAGAAUAUGUCCUAAGGAAGUGAAGACUGUGAAAGUGGCAAGGCUUAAAAGGUAUUACAUUUUCUUUGCUUUGCUACCAUUGUUGUAUGCAUUGUUAUAUUUUUCAUAUAAUUAAUCAGCAGACAUUUGACAUACAUCAGUAUGUACAAUGUACAAUUCAGACACAGUGAAGGUAAAUAGAUUAUAUAAAUCUGACCAACUGAGAAGGAGAGAAAGGAUUUAAAUAACACCUCCGUUUUAAUGUUACAUAUUGUAGCUUUCAAAAUAAAGUCACCAUAGAAAUGAAAAAUAUCUAGAUGUUUUUAUAGCAUCCUUAUGAGAAAGGUGUCUUUGUAUACAGUAGGUAGAGUUGCUGUAAAUGUCUCCACACUGGUACUUCACUGGCCGAAAGCACAGUACUGUAUCAUCACAUCAUGUCCUUUAUCAAUACAAUGAGCAGUCCUUAAACUGCACAGUGUUUUAUCUGCCAAUCAGUCAGUGUGUUCUUCCUUUUAACCUUGUCUGUGAUGCUCUGCAGAGAUACUUUUUCCUGGACCUUUUAGCACUCUGUAAAUAUGCACUAUUGUCAGCACCUUGUUGGUGCACGAAUGUAAUAAUGUACAGAUGUGACACAACUGCUGGAGUCUUCCAAGGGCGCAGUAGGCAUUCAGUAACAAGGCUGCAGUUGUCAAGGUCAAAUUUUUGUUUUCGACAGUUUGUGUGGCGAGGAUGGAAAUCUAAAAAGUGCCUCCAUGUGUGCCGGGGAUGUUCAGGUGCUCAGGGAUGUGCGUUACAGGAGCGAUUAGAGCAAAAACAAGCCGACACAGGCUCCUGCAUCCGGUUGCAACAUCAUCACAUCUGAAUCCUCGCAAACGCACCCUCAUACUACACACAGUGCUGAGAAACUCAAUGACUGGUUAUGUUUCGACAAGUAAAGCGAAGUUUGUUGCCAAAGUCAUACGUGCCAAAUAUUGAAAGAACACUCCUUGCUUGUGAAAUUUGUAAAACAUGUCUAUAUGUAACUAGUGUGAAAAAAAAAUAAUGCCAAAGAAAUAA